UCCGGUUACGACCUAGUCAUAAACGAUCCGCGCACCAGUGUCAAGAUGGCGCACGUUCCCACACUCCUUCUGCUGGCGCUCGUUUGCACGUGUGUGGCGUCCGUGUCCGUCCGUAGCGCACCCAGCCACGAUGGCCUUGCCGGGCGGCACAUCCCGCUGCCGGUGCAGAAAACACCGCGCAUCCGGGGCGGCGUACCGGUGGCCCCGGGCGAGAUCCCGUACGCGGCCGGGCUGAUGAUUCAGCAGCCCAUCGGCAACCGUUGGUGCGGUGGAAGUUUAAUAUCGCUGAACUAUGUGCUAACGGCGGCCAACUGUUUCCUUAACCCCGGUGCAACGACGGUCCUGCUCGGCGCAUCCAACAUGACCAACGUCGAGGACAUCGUCAUGGCCAGUGACGUCAUCGUGCAUCAGGCGUUCGUGCCGAGCCAAAACCUGAACGACAUAGCGCUGGUGCGGCUGUCCCGCCCGGCCAUCCUGAGCGAUUACAUCCGAUUAGCCCGAUUGCCCAACUGGCGGCAGGCCGAUUCAUCGUUCACCGGUCAGCUCGCGACCGUUAGCGGGUGGGGCGCACUCGGUCAGAAUGCACCGGAAAUUCUGCCCCUCAACAAUCUGCACCGUCUCAAUGGGUCCGUCAUCAGCAAUGCGGCCUGUGGGCUGCAGUAUCUGGGCGGCAUUGCCGACUCGCACGUUUGCGUCUCGACCAACGAUGGGUCGCCCUGUCAGGGCGACAAUGGAGGAUCGCUCACGGUGAACGAUGCGGACGGUGGUCGAACCGUGAUCGGGCUGCUGUCCUUCAUAUCGGCGCUGGGGUGUGAUCUGGACCGUCCCGCAGUGUACACGCGACUUACCACGUACCUGGCCUGGAUUGAGGCUAAUUCGGACGUUACGAUAAGGAACGAUUUUGACUUCUUCCCAACGCCGCCACCAGUAACCGAGUCGACCACAACCGGUGUGCCUCAGACCACCACAACAACGACGCCAGUUCCCACGACACCACCGCCAACUACGACUGUCGUCGCUCCGGAUACGACAGCUACGAUGCCACCGCCUACUCUGCAGUUUAUGCCACCGCACCGAACAAACCGGCCCAACAUUCGAACCGACCGUUAUAUCGUCGAACUUUCGCCCCCGUCCUGCACGGUCAGCGGUCCGCCGGAGUCACCGUUGCACACCGACCGGCCACCAGUAGCAUCCAGGCACACGUUCUGGUCCGACACGAGGAUGAUGUUCCAGGCGCUGACACAGGCCGCAUUCGUCAUGACCGGGUUGCUCGUGUACAUGACCACAUCCGACGCGCCCGGCAGCGCAUCCGACGUGCGCCCAAACCCGGAAGCGGUUCCAAUCAUGCCAGCGAACGUGCGGCUGUCCGACCGGGCCGGCAGCUCGAUCGGCUGCACGCGCUCGUUAAAGACGGCGGCCGAUGCGCUGUUGGGUCGGUUCGGUGGCGGUCCGGUUGUGGGCGCCCAGGAUGGCCGUACCAUCAGUGGCGAGAGCACCGGCCCCAUCCACCACGCAGUGAGCGGCCGUCAGGAUGAAGGUGUUCGUGAUGAUGGUGCCACCGCACAAGCCGCCGCCCGCAGCAAAGUUGCUCAGCAGCGCAAUCUGGUACGGGAACUGGCCGGGCACCGCCUCCUGCCCGUUGACGAUGCGCUGCGAGGGCCGCGCGUGGCGCAGGAACUGCAGCUCCGCCGGCAGACGCUGCCAUCCGAGUUCUGCUGGAUCCAGUCGCGGAAGAAGGAAAUGCGCACCCAGACGGACGGUGCACCCGAGGCGCAGCCGGCAGCGGACACGAACGAAGCGAUGCCCACCUCCAGGCUGCGGCCACCGUCCUGCACCGCCAGCGGGCCACCGGAGUCACCGUUGCACGGCGAGCGGCCACCGGUUGCAUCCAGACAGACGUUCUGUGCCUGCACCACGGCCGUGCUCCAGAAGCUGUUGCACUGGGCGUUCGACAGGAUCGGGUUGCGCGUGAACAUGACCACCGGCGAGGUGGCGGUGCUAGCGUCCGACGUGCGGCCGAAGCCGGAAGCCGUACCCUCCACUCCGGCAAAGGUGCGCGCAUCGGAGCGGGCGGGCAGAUCGAUCGGCUGGACGCGCGCAUUGAAGGUGGCGGCUCGGAUGCACGAAGAUGCCGCUCUGCGCGAAGGCGAUGCGCUGCUGCGUCGGCUCCACCACGGUGCGGUCGUGCGCCCCGAGGAUGGCGGUGCCACCGAUGGCCACCUGCCCGUUGCCACCGACCACGCAGUGAGCGGCCGUCAGCAGGAAGUUGUUGGUGAUGAUGGUAGCACCGCACAGACCGGUACCGGUGCCGAAGUUGCUCAGCAGCGCCACCUGGUACGGGAACUGGCCGGGGGUCGCCUGCUGCCCAUUGACGAUGCGCGCCGAGGGGCGGGCAUGGCGCAGUUCGAGUUCUGGCUGAUAAAGUCACGGAAGUACGAGACGCGCACCCACACGGACGGCGCACCGGACGUACAGCCGUUGGCGGACACGAACGAAGCGAUGCCCACCUGCAGACUGCGCCCAGCGUCCUGCACCGCCAGCGGACCGCCCGAGUCACCGUGGCAAGCCGACCGCCCACCGUACGGAUCGAGACAGACGUUCUGUGCCUGCACCACGGCCGUGCUCCAGUACGCGUUGCACUGCGCAUUCGUCAUGACCGGGUUGCGCACAAACAUCAGCACGUUCGAGGCGGCCGGCACCGUGUCGGCGGUGCGCCCGAACCCGGAUGCCGUACCUUCCAAGCCGCCGAACUGGCGCGCAUCGGACAGGACGGGCAGAUCGAUCGCCUUCACGUACGUGUUGAAGAUGGCGGCCGUAUCGAGGCGCACGGUCGCAAUGUCGUUGCGGAUGCUGGUCGAGUUGUACUGCGGAUGGACGCGGAUGCCCGCAUUGCCGAACGACAUGCGCUGCUGGGUCGACUGGAAGACGGUGCGGUCGGUGGCGCCGAGGAACACGAUACCGCCCGUAACGGCCCGAUCGAAGUCGUCGGUGACGCAAAAAGUGAAGUGGCACAUUGGUUCGGUAUUGGUCUUCAGGAUGUCCUCGGGCAGCAUUGUGCGGUGUCUGCUGCUGCUGUGUGUAGUGCUGUGCGCCACCGAUGGCGAAGCGUCGCCCACGUACCGCCGCUCAAAACCUCCGAAAAUGGGCAUGUUUUGGACGGUGAUUCAAAACGUCUCCGGACCGCCCGUUCCACCGUCGGCAUCCAUUCUCUCGGCCGCAUCCACGGCCCUGUACCGUCCGAAGCUUAUCAUCGAUCGGGCCUCCUUGAGUAAGGUGGCCGGUGGUACGGUGGCCAAAAAUGAUCAGUUCCCGCACCUUGUGUCCAUCAUACUCCUCUUUGCCGAUGGGUCCGAUACGCUGUGCGGUGGUUCCAUACUGGCCGAUCGGUUCAUCCUGACCGCAGCACACUGCCUGUACGGGAUGCAGGAGGCAACCAUCGUUCCGGGCCAAUCGGUGAUACAGAUACCAUUCCCACCGGACAUCGUCACGGUGGCGAUCAAACCUGCCGACACCAUUCUACAUCCGGGCUACGAUCCGGUCGAUAUACUGAACGAUAUCGCACUGAUACGCCUCCCACAGCCGCUCACCUUUUCGGCGCGCGUGCAACCAAUCCGACUGCCCUCGUGGACCAACUCGUACGUGGAUCUUACCGGGUACGAUUCGAUCGUUUCCGGCUGGGGCGCUCAAUCGAACGAUGAUUACGCGGAGCUGGUGGACGAGAUGCGGCUCGAUCUGCGCUUCGCCACCAACACGAUCGUGCCGAAUGCCGUGUGCCACCGGGUGUACGGUUCGAUCAUACGCGAUCAGCAGAUCUGUGUGGCGGGCGAGGGAGGGCGCAACCCUUGCCAGGGCGAUUCCGGCGGGCCGCUGACGGUGAAGUUCGAUGGCCAGCGGCUGACGCAGGUCGGCAUCGUUUCGUACGGUUCGGUGCUGGGGUGUGAGAACGGAGUGCCCGGUGUGUAUACGCGCGUGUCGUCGUACGUUGAGUGGAUCGUUUACCACACGGGAAUCGUUACGUAGGGCGGUAGAAUGCAAUUCGGGAUUUGGGAGCCAGCUAGCGCAGUGGCUUUGUCAUUUACGUGCAAAUGUGUUCUACACUUAUUAAAGUAAU